AACCAGACUACCAUAUAUACCUGUUUCCUCGCAGAAGCUUUAACUGGAAUAUUUGAAUCUUUGCUGUUUGAAAAACAUCGGGAUGAAGAUUUCUGUCAGUUUCGUUGCCAUAUCUCUUAUUUUAGGACUGUCUAGUGUACUUUCCAGUGUUGAACCGAGUCAUAUGGGUCGGAGACAUGAACCGAGUAGGCGUGUAACAAUGUAUGACAACGACUUUUUGAUUACAAAAUGGAAGAUCUGGUAUAAAUCAUUAGAUGUCAACCAUGAUGGCACCAUUUCAAUAGACGACGUCGAAGAGUCAAGGAUAAGAUUUUCAGAGCUGCACCGUCUUGAGGCUGACGAAAAGAAAUUUGCAAUGGACAGUUUACAGAUAUGGUGGAACGAGUUCAUUUUCAGGAGACAGACUGGUGAAAUAUCCGAGCAGCAAUUUGUUGAUUCCCUCAGCCAGGAAUUCAUGGCAGAUCAAGCCAAAUUUUGUACCGAAAUGCUGAAAUGGUUCGGCAUGAUUUUCGCUGUGAUUGACACAAACAAAGAUCUGUCGAUUUCCGAAGAUGAGUUCCUUAUUGCUUUAAACGCAUACGGCCAUGGGGAUGUCGCUCUGAACCUUAAAUUUUUCAAGGCAUAUAAACCAACAGAUGGACUUAUACAUUUAAGAGAUAUUGUCAUUUCAUGGGUAGACUUUGUCGCCAGUACCAAUAAUUCUGCAAUAAGCAUUGUUAAAGAGGCAUUUGAGGCCGGUGUAUAAGGCAAUGAGCAUUUACUUUUCUAAGUCCAAAGAUUCACCAUUGAAUCCCUGACAAAUGACAUAUGUUUAGAAAACAAACUGACGUACAUAGACAAUUUAUUUUAACUAUAAUCGUACCUACGGCAACAUCCGUAUUUAAGAUACCGUACAACAUUAAGCGUCAUUAAUGGUAUUACGUUAUUAUUUAAACGCUUAAAGCCAUGUCCGUAAAAACAGGGUGGUGUGAAAUAUAAUAUCUUACGUAGGAAUGUGACCAAUGACUUUGAUGAACUUUGACGUAACAUAUCGCAGGUUCUAGUCGGCAUAUAUAUUUUGUUAUCGACCUUCUUUUCUUAAUUUAGAUCAUGAAUUUCGUAUUGAGUUCUGUUAUCAGUUAUGCCCUUCAUUGCAAGAUGAUCUUCCGGGUCUUCUUACAAAAGAGCCAGCUGCAACGGUUUUUAACUCACCUGAACAUAAAAUGACCUUAUGUGGUCACUUUUCUUAAUGCUGCUGUGAGCCUGUCCACAGUUCUUUAAAAUGUACACAUUGUUGACCUUUUUGCUUUAGUAGGAUGUAUGUUAUGUAAAAACAAUAUAUUGAGCUAAGCUAACAGACUGAAUUGAUUCAGUAACACUAGAGAUAUGGAAUAUUGAAUUCGUGAAAAUGUAUAGGUUUCACAAAGUGAAUUUAGAAGCCCUACUUUUGAGGGAAAUCUUCGUGAAACUUGCAAAGAAGAAUGUGGCCAAAAGUGAAAAUAAAGCAUUGUUUCGAAGAGUCUCUACCCUUAUGUGUCAACAUUUCUGAUAUCUCGUCAUUAACACAUUAAAAGGUUUAUAGCUUGAUCUCUGACACAAUAUACAAAGAUCACAAUUGCUUAACUCAGUCAGAAAAUGUAAUAUUACGUAUGGAUAAAUGAUUAAAGGCCACGUUACACUUUAUUAGUCUUCGACAAUACGUUUGGGCGUUUAGGAGUGAUGCGCAAUACAUUACCUUCCACGAAUAUACUUGAUGAAACUGGGUCUACUAUUUCUUCGCUUUGUUGCAUGCCAUGCUUCCAAAAUUUUCCUCUUAUGAAAUUGUUUUAAUAAAAUACAUAGGCUUAAAAGAUAUCUUGUGUUUCAUGAUGAACAGUAUUACUCCAGUAUAAUCGGAGUUUUGAACCUUAAAUAAGUCAAGUUGUUUUGUGUUACAUUUGCGGGUAUACUUAUUAACUAUCCACAACUCAGAACGUACGAAUACCCGAAUAUGUCUUGCAACUUUUCAACUGAGUGUCCAAAUUAUAAAGGUUUGAAUAAAAGUAAUAGAACUGAAAAAUUAACUCCCAAAUAUAGAUAAUGUAAAUAUAAUUCUUCGAGACAUUUACUCCAUUUUGAGCGUGCCCGCUUAGAUGAAUAGGGAAUGUGUAGAUCAACGAAUCGCGGAGUUGUGAGUUCGAUCCCCGUCGGGGCAUACAGAUCAGUUCACGCGGAAAACCUACUUUCCGUUUUUCCUUAAAGGAAAAAUCUUGCAUAGCGAGGAAUUCCUCCGAGUACUACCUGAUUCUGACUCGGAGUACGGACUGUUAUAAGUAGUUAUAUAUAUAUAGCGCUUUUGGCAUUGUUUGGCCUCACUUGACCCCUUGGCCUCUUCUAAAAAAAUCCAAAACCAGCCAAUUCAAAUUUAAAAAAUCCAAAGCCAACCAAUCUUAAAAUACUAACCGGUGCAUUUAUACCCUGAAAA